UUCACUAUGUGCUUACGUGAUCACAUAAUGAGUAUUGUAGUUCAGGGGUAUGAGCGCCAAGUUGGAUGAUGGACAUUGUUCAAUAAAGCAACUGGGUGGUUUUUGUGAUGAUUUAAUUCAGUGUUCUGGCUAAUUCAGUAAUAAGGUGGACACACAACACUGGGCUACAGGGAGCCAGUAUAAGGACUUAGGAAUGGACGGGAUUUGCUUCUGGAUCAACUGCAAUUGUUUCAUUGACUUUUUAGGCAGUAAUCAGGUUGACUAAAGUCAAACAUAUGGACUAGUUUCUUUGAGAUCUUUCAAAGAGUUUCUAGAAUUUCUUUAAUCCUAGAAAUGUUCUUCAGGUGAUAUAAAGCCAACGUUGUAAUGCCUAUGCUAGCACUAUUGGUAUUGACAAGAAAGAUGCCUAUAACUGCUACUGUUUCAGAUAUUCAGGCAGUGGGGUUGAAGAAGGGGAUGUUUUUUAACCCUGACCCAUACUUGAAGAUGUCCAUCCUGCCUGGGAAGAGGAGCGGCCUCCCCAAAUUCACUCAUCAUGGCCAGGAGAGGCGCUCCACCAUUAUAGCCAAUACCAUCAACCCUGUGUGGCAUGGGGAGAAGUACACCUUUGUGGCUCUCAUGAGUGAUGUGUUGGAGAUUGAAGUGAAGGAUAAGUUUGCCAAGAGCCGACCAAUUAUCAAGCGCUUUCUGGGUCAUCUGAUCAUCCCCGUGCAGAGACUUCUUGAGGGGCCAACAACAGUUGAGAAUCACCAGGUCAGCUAUAACUUGUGUCGCCGCCUCCCGACAGACAAUGUGAGCGGCCAGCUUCAGUUCAGAGUGGACAUCACUUCCACCGGACAAGAAGAAGCCUCCCCAGACGCUGCUGGAGGAAGCCUCCUGGGCAGCGGAGACCCUGGUAGCCCGUCUGAUGAUGAAGAUCUUCCUCAAGCCUCCUCAUCAUCUCGUGUCACAAGUGGACCUUCUCCCAUGGAUUCCGACGAUGGCCCCUUGUUGGUGAAUGGCCUUUGUUGCUACGGCGAGAACAUCAUGUGGCGUGAGCCCGGACGCGUGGGAGAGAAUGAUCUGCCCUCUGUGGCUCCGGGGCAACACACCCAUCGACAGGUGUCCCUCAAUGACUACCUUGACGCUCUUGAGGCCCCCACUGGCCACGGGGACCGACUUUUGGUGCCACCUUUGCCAAAACUGCGCUCCAGCUUUCCAACUGACACACGACUCAACGCCAUGCUGCACAUUGAUUCAGAUGAGGAUGAGGAUUCGGUGGGGCAGCACAGAGACCUAUCACAGAACACAAGGGCAGAACAGAGCACGGACUCUGUAAGCAGAUCACCUGUACAAAAUGAAGAUUUAAAGGAAGAUGUUGGAGCUGGAGCAGAGGAAGGUUCUUCUUCUGCUGUUCAGCUUCCAACUGAGCCUCCAAAUGCCAGAAAUGAAGUAGCAGAGGAUGAAGGGGGAAACGAAGCUUGUGCUCUAACCAGAGCAUCGGUAGAUGGGGCUGAAGGGUCUGCUGGAGCAGCACAGGCGACUGAAGAAAUGGCUGUCUUCUCAUCCCAAAAGCCUGGAACUGAGGCUGCUGCAGCCGAUCUACAGGGAGAUUCCGUACCACAAUGUUCCUGUCAGGAGCAGAGUAGUAGGAUGGGAACCUGUAGCCCUUCCCUGGGUCCUCUCUCACCCAUUCAAGAGGUUGAAGCAAGAAAAGAACUUGCUCCAAAAGCAGAAGAGGAAGGGGCAGAGUCAUCAAGCAGUGAGGCGAAUGGGCCAGUUGGAGCAUCUGCUCCAAACAGCAGCAGAGAUGUCAGAGGAGGAGAGAGUUCUGAAGCUGGAAUGAGGGCUGAAGGCGGGAACAAAGAAGGAGGGCAGAAAGGCACAGAUGUCUGGAGGAGGCAGUCCAUGCAGACAUCUGCAGAUCAGGCACAGAACCAGGAGAGGUCCGGGGCCAGAGUGACUGACAGGACAUUGCUUGAGGAUAGAGAGAUUGGUGCCACAGCUCAGGUCUACGGUCAUCAGUCUGUUCGGUCUCUUCCCUCUGUCCGCCAUGACAUCAGUCGCUAUCAGAGAGUAGAUGAGCCUCUGCCUCCUAAUUGGGAGGCUCGCAUCGACAGUCAUGGUCGCAUCUUUUAUGUGGAUCAUGUGAACAGAACAACAACAUGGCAGCGGCCUACUGCUCCUCCGGCCCCACAGACUCUACAGAGGUCCAGCUCCAUACAGCAGAUGGAACAGCUCAACCGCAGGUAUCAGAGUAUCCGAAGGACCAUAACAAAUGAUAGCAGACAGGAGGAGCAGCCAGCCAAUGAGCUGCUUGGGGAUGAGACUGAUAUGCAUCCAUCUGUUCCAGAGCUCCGGAGGGAAAACGGUGCGGCUCAGGCCAGUUCCAGAUCUCGCAUCUCCUUGCUGCUGCAGUCCCCCACCGCCAAGUUCCUCACCAGUCCUGACUUCUUCACUGUGUUGCAUUCCAACCCUAGUGCCUAUCGCAUGUUUACCACCAACACAUGUCUGAAGCAUAUGAUCAGUAAGGUUCGUAGAGAUGCACACCACUUUGAGCGCUACCAGCACAACCGUGACCUGGUGGCUUUUCUCAACAUGUUUGCGAAUAAACAACUUGAGCUGCCCAGAGGCUGGGAGAUGAAGCAUGACCACAGCGGCAAGCCUUUCUUUGUGGAUCAUAACUGCCGUGCUACCACCUUCAUUGAUCCUCGGCUGCCUGUUCAGAGCUCUCGUCCAAGUCUUCUAUCUCACCGCCAACAUCUUACCCGACAACGUAGUCACAGUGCUGGGGAGGUCAGUCCAAGGCAACUGGUGGGUGAAGAAACGCAUCACCCUGGUCCUCCAGUCUUGCCACGACCCUCUAGUACCUUCACCUCAGCUAGCAGGGGGCAGUGCCAAGAGGUUGUACCUGUGGCUUACAAUGAUAAGAUUGUGGCUUUUCUUCGACAACCAAACAUCUUUGAGAUUUUGCAGGAGAGACAGCCGGACUUCAGCCGAAACCAUGUACUCAGGGAGAAGGUCCAGCUGAUCCGCACAGAUGGCGUUUCAGGACUGACCCGACUGUCAGGAGAUGCGGACCUUGUCAUCCUGCUGAGUCUGUUUGAAGAUGAAGUGAUGUCCUACGUCCCUCCUCAUGCCUUACUUCUCCCCAGCUACUGCCAGUCACCUCGGGGAUCCCCUGUUUCCUCCCCCCAGAACUCACCAGGAACUCAGCGAGCCAAUGCCAGAGCCCCAGCUCCUUACAAGAGAGACUUUGAGGCAAAACUCCGCAACUUCUACAGAAAACUGGAAACUAAAGGCUAUGGUCAAGGCCCUGGAAAGCUAAAAGUGACUAUCCGUCGGGACCAUCUCUUGGAAGAUGCUUUCAACCAGAUCAUGUGCUAUUCCCGGAAGGACCUGCAGCGCAGCAAGUUCUAUGUCAGUUUUGUUGGGGAGGAGGGCUUGGACUACAGUGGGCCUUCUAGGGAGUUCUUCUUCCUGGUUUCCAGGGAACUGUUCAACCCAUAUUAUGGUCUGUUUGAAUAUUCAGCCAAUGACACCUACACCGUUCAGAUCAGCCCCAUGUCGGCCUUUGUAGACAAUCACCAUGAAUGGUUCCGUUUCAGUGGCCGCAUUCUGGGUCUGGCUCUGAUCCAUCAGUAUCUGCUGGAUGCCUUCUUCACCAGACCCUUCUAUAAAGGCCUUCUGCGCAUUCCCUGCGAUCUGAGUGACCUGGAAUAUCUGGAUGAGGAGUUCCACCAGUCUCUCCAGUGGAUGAAGGACAAUGAUAUAGAAGACAUGCUUGACCUCACCUUUACUGUCAAUGAGGAAGUGUUUGGACAGAUCACAGAACGGGAGCUGAAACCUGGUGGAGGGAACAUCCCAGUCUCAGAGAAGAACAAGAAAGAGUACAUCGAGCGGAUGGUGAAGUGGAGGAUAGAGCGAGGAGUCGUCCAGCAGACUGAAAGCCUGGUCAGAGGUUUUUAUGAGGUGGUGGAUGCGAGAUUGGUGUCUGUGUUUGAUGCCAGGGAGCUGGAGCUGGUCAUUGCUGGCACUGCUGAGAUUGACUUAUCAGACUGGAGGAGCAAUACUGAAUACAGAGGAGGUUACCAUGACAACCAUAUUGUUAUCCGGUGGUUCUGGGCUGCAGUGGAGAGGUUCAACAAUGAGCAGAGAUUACGACUCUUGCAGUUUGUGACAGGAACAUCAAGCAUUCCAUACGAGGGCUUCGCUUCACUGCGUGGCAGUAAUGGACCACGCAGGUUCUGUGUGGAAAAGUGGGGAAAGAUCACCUCACUGCCCAGAGCUCACACAUGUUUCAAUCGAUUGGACCUGCCACCAUACCAGUCCUUCUCUAUGUUGUAUGAUAAGCUGCUGACUGCUGUGGAAGAGACCAGCACCUUUGGGCUAGAAUGAGAUGCUGUCUUUGUCUGGCCCAGUUUUCUAUAGCACUUUUUAACCUGCUUUUGGUAAAGAGAAGAGGCCAUGCUAGAAGAGAAGACAUUGCCCUUUCGUCAGUCUUCAGCAUCCCCAAAACUGUUUUUUACUCAAAGGGUGAUUUAAAAGCCUUGAUUGGUGAAAACCUAAUGACCCAGUUUUAAAGCAUUUAGUUAAAAAGCACCGUCUGGUAACGUUCAGUGAUUGGUUGGUAGGCAACAUCAAGUCCAAGACCUCAGUCAAAAACGAGAAAGACCGAUUAGAAUAUACUUUACUACUCAGUCUGAAAAUGACUUUGCCUCAGAUAUUUUAAAUCAAGACUGAGCUUUUGAAAUGACUCCACUGAAAAAGUAAAUGCUUUAUGUUGCACUCCUAUAUUUUGCACGCUUUCACUUGUAACACUAGAGAAAUGAAGCCCUGCACUGCCUUCAGGACUGACAUCAGUGCUGCCAAGCCCUGACCAUUCAGACACCUCUUUUUACACAUUACAGAAGGGAAGUAAGUUUUUUGUUUCAAAAGCUAAGUUUUUUUUUUCUUUUUAUGGUUUGAAUGACUUAUCAAAAUACAAGACUGCCCAGCAAAAGCAAUUCCAAGUACAGCAACUAUUUGGAGCUGCCCAAUUUAGAAACUGCAUGUGUAGAUUUCAAAAGCAUUUAGAGUUCUUUAUGCUGUAUCUCAAACAUUUGUGGGAAUUUCUAAUUGAACCUAAAAGCUAACAGUUAAUUUUGGAUUCUAGUUAGGAGAUUUUGUAUUAAAUUUCAGUAUUUUCCAUGACAAUAGAGGAUUUUCUUUCUCGGAAGGAUCUGAAUGUAACCAGCCUUAGCCUUCAAAAUAAUUAAUUACCAUAUAAUUGUGUUAAUUGGUUGAAGUGAACAUUAGAUGGAAUUUGAAGUUUCUUAUGUCAUGAUGUAUAACCUCCUUUCCAUUAGAUUUAAAACUGUCUUAAUACAUCCUUCAGUGUGUUAUACACACUAUUAAUCAACUGUAAAAAAUUUGAUCUUCAACAAAGCAAAUGCUGGGAUUGCCUUUGGAAGAAAUGAGUGCAUUGUGAAUUAUUUAACAGGAAAACAAGCUACAGUUAGAGACGGACAUCAAAAGCAUUGAUUAACUGAUACAUCAAUGUAUCAGUUAAACACCGUCUGGUACAUGGUUGUCUAUAUUUUCAACCAUGUAAUUCGCUUAGAGCUACAGACAACAGCUGCAGUCUCUAAAUCUCAGGAUCAUAAGAUAUUUUCAAAAUAUAAAUGUGGAAUAAUUUUAUUUUUGAAAAGUUUGAUUUUCACUGAGAUCAAAAGUAAUAAGAAAAUUUUAUUGUUUUAGGAAAUGUUUAAUUUCAUCCUGUCACAGCCAUGUUGUGAGAAGAAGCAAACAUAUUUAAUUCCAACUUUAUGAGCAAAAGUACACUUGAAGUUCAUCAUUCAAUUUGUGGAGAAAAUCAUCCACAAACUAAAAUCUUUAAAGUGGCUAUGUCAUUUGAAACCCUUCUUUUUCAUAUCCAAAUACUUCUCUUAUAAAGUAGACCUGCAAUGCUUUGGUCUGAAUUACUCAUUUUAGCUCCACAUACCCUGUUCUGAAGCACCUUUUAAAGCAACUUGUUUUGCGGUUUGUUUUCUCGGGGGGCGGGGGUUAAUGUGUAUUAGACAUUUCAUGCCCUGCUCCUUCUUCCUUCAUUGUGUGUUCCACUCCACGCCAUUCUGCCCUGUUUGUAGUUUUGAUUCCAGCAAUACAGUUAUUUACCAAUAGAUACACUUUUUAUUCCCAAGUUUAUUAAAGGUGUCAACAACAGAAGAUUUGCCCAUCCAGCCUUCCAUGCUGGAGCCAGAGUCUGACCCGGAGCAGGAUAAUGGGGAAAACAAACCACCAGAGCCUUUCCUUCAGAUGAAUACAUUGCAAUGGUGUAAUUUUCUAUUUACACUUUCUCCAUCCAUACCAACUACCUACAAUAUGGAGCGUAAUUUAACCAUAAUGUCCAUGCAUGUCAUUAAAAUUCUAAUGCAACCAACAAUAUUGAUAAAGUCAGCAAAUGCUCGACAUAAUUAAUGAGUUAGCUAACAGGAUGUGUUCUCCAAGA